AUGUGGAACACAUUUGAAGAUCUCUUCGUCUACUUUUUCGCAUCAUUUUAUAAUUUUGGAGCUACAACAUUCCUCCUCGAUCAAAAGACCAAGGAUUUUUCGCAGCUUCCAAAGCCAAAAGACAAUGGAAAUCUUCAAUACUACAGUAAAAUUUAUAUCAACAUGAAAGGAUAUGAUCAACAAAUACAUUAUUCAUUGCAAAAUUUCCAGCUGGCUGUCAACAGAUUAACAUUCUUCGUACUGCAACACUCCUUUGAAUGUAAUCAUUCAUCAACAAAAGAAAAAUUUGAAUUUUCAUUAUUGAAAUUUCCAGGUUAA